GGCUUUUUGUGGUGUAUAAAUUGAUAAUAAUUUGGUGUUGGCUAAAUCGCCAUGGAUCAUGUUAUCGAUGGAAAGUUUAAGAUGGGGAGGAAGAUCGGGAGUGGGUCUUUUGGGGAGCUUUUUUUAGGUUCCAAUUUACAAACUGGUGAAGAAGUUGCCAUCAAACUGGAAUCGGUGAAGACGGGACACCCACAACUUCAUUACGAAUCUAGGAUUUAUAUGCUUCUCCAAGGAGGAACGGGUAUUCCCAACCUUAAGUGGUACGGAGUUGAGCCCGAAUACAAUGUUAUGGUCAUUGAUCUCCUUGGUCCAAGUCUGGAGGAUCUCUUCAACUACUGCAAUAGGAAGUUCUCUCUGAAAACCGUUUUAAUGCUAGCGGAUCAAUUACUUAAUAGAGUGGAGUACAUGCAUGCCAGAGGUCUUCUACACCGUGAUAUAAAACCGGACAAUUUCUUGAUGGGCCUAGGUCGCAAAGCAAACCAGGUCUAUAUCAUUGAUUAUGGCCUUGCUAAAAAGUAUAGGGAUUUUCAGACUCAUAAGCACAUACCUUACAGGGAAAACAAGAAUUUGACAGGCACAGCUCGUUAUGCUAGUGUCAACACGCACCUUGGUGUUGAACAAAGCAGAAGAGACGACUUGGAAUCUCUGGGUUUUGUGCUUAUGUACUUCCUCAGAGGAAGCCUUCCAUGGCAGGGAUUAAGAGCUGGUACCAAAAAACAGAAAUAUGAUAAAAUCAGCGAAAAGAAAAUGCUUACACCAAUAGAGGUGUUGUGCAAGUCAUUUCCUACCGAGUUUGCAACGUACUUUAAGUAUUGCCGAUCAUUACGUUUUGAAUCCAAACCAGAUUAUUCUUAUCUUAAGGGUCUUUUUAAAGACUUGUUUAUCCGUGAAGGUUAUCAAUUUGACUUUGUUUUCGAUUGGACAAUUUUGAAGUAUCCUCAGAUUGGUGCAAGUUCAAGAGGCCGAAUUUCUACUGGGGGUGCAAUAGUAAAUGCCCGGCCACCUGAAAAAGUAGAAAGAAGAUCUGUGGGGCAAGAUGCUCUACGUGCUGCUGAGGCAGUUGCAAGGAGAAAUGCCUCAGCUUUUGGCCGCCACGUUGAACACUCAAGACAAAGAUCGGAGGACGUGCCUUCCUCUAGAGAUUUGCAAACAGCCUCGCGAAAUGCCAUCUUAUCAUCAAAAAGAGCCACAAUUUCAAGCAGCAGACCCAACUCUUCUGAAGCAACAACGGACGGUCGCCCGAGCAGAAUAACCUCUACCGCUGGCCGCCUGUCCACCGCCACUACCACCAUGUACAGGCCUCAGCAGGGGACUGAACCCAAGAAGCCGUCAUCAUUGUCCCGGACCGUUAAGGGCACCCGGGAUGACCCUUUUAGGAGCUUCGAGUUCCUCGCCAUCAGAAAGUGACAGACAUACAGAUGAGAAUGCAAGUUUAUCGCCACGGCCGAGUCGUCGGACUCUCAGCGAAGAAGGCGAUGAGUGAAGUGCAAGGGAUAUGAUAUAUAGUAGUAACUGUAAUAAGUCACUCUUUAAAAUGAAUUUAUUUUGCCCUU